CCUAAAGUCUUGCCCCUUGUCAGUGGCACUUGGUACGUCUUCUUAGACUGCGACAAGUGUGUUUGCUGCGUUUGAAAAGCUUGGAUUCUGAGAAAUAAUGUCCAAUGUACCUCCUCCGAAUUCCGCGACAUCGCCGCCCGUGGCCAAGCCAACGACAAAUUCCACACGCCCGCCCGCUGCCACGAUUCGAUCAACCACCAGACCCACGGUGGCAACCACCAGCCCUCUGCCCCCGUCGACAACGACCGCGAAGCCGUCCGACAGCACCUCUGUGGGCAUAGGGAUAGGGUUUGGCAUACUGGUACUCUUGCUGCUGGUCCUGAUCAUCUACGCUUGCUUCCUCUAUAGGCGUCUGAUGAGAACCGCUCAGAUAAACCGUCGGGCCUCAAACAUAUUCUCAAAACUGUCGCGGAAGAAAGUGCUCUCGACGAAACAAAAAUCCACUGACUCCCACGACGCCCCUGUCGUCGCGAGCGGCCCUCAGCAAGAGUCGAUUUACCUCGACAUGCGUUCUUCCGGGACGAAAGGCGCCGAGAGGACGCAGCAACUCGGGUACGUGAACCAAGGAGGGUCAGUUGACGCCCCGCCCAUCUACGACACUGUGAAUGAAGUGUCCUUCGCGAACGAACCGCCCACUUACGAGAACUUCGACGGAGGCAAAGACAAUCCCAUUUAUGAGAACCUCGAGAAGAAGGACUGCAACCCUUUGUAUAUCAACAUCACGCCCUCAGCCACGCCCACGCCUUCGCCUUCGCACUCGCCUCGUGGCCACAAAAGCCUCCAGGCGAUGAAGAGCAGCGAAUAUGUGCUCAUGUCGAACCCGGGGACAAACAAAGCCCAGUAGGGCGGGCCGAAACAGCGUCGCUAAGGUACUGUUCCUCUGUUUCUGUUGUUUGAACUGUCUCCCUAGGUGCCAGCUGAGACCGUAGUGGCUAUCUUACAUUUUAUACGUUAAGUCAACUAAUGUGCAUGCGCUUUUACCCAGCCCAAGACUCAGAGUCUUGGGGACUGACUGAUGUAACCGGAUGGCGAGUUAAUGCCAAUUUCUACACUUCUAAAAUUAGGUAUUUAAGAUUCAGUCUGCGGGACUUUUGUUUUUUUUUCAUGUGAAAAGAUGGAUUACUCAGUGCUGCAUAUUUAAAAGGAUUCAUAUUAUUCAUGUACAUUACCAGUGUUAUAAACUCUCCCAAAAAACAUGAGGAGAUCAGGUGUGUACAAUGAAUAGUUGAAAAAAGAAACAUGUUACCCCCUGCUCAUCGCCACUUGGUGCUAAGGCAUGUUACUGGAAUAUUAAAUAAUGCUCCAGUUCUGAGAUGUGUGUGGAAG